AUGUUUCCUUAUGGGUUGCUAAUAUUUUUAGAGUGUUGCACUUUAAAAAUUGUGUAGGGGGGUGGUUUUUGAGUUUCACUGUUGUAGCAGCAUGUUUGUCUGUAAUGUCUUGAACAGCGAUUCCAUGUACUUCCCACGCCCUUGUUGCAGUGAGUUGCUGUUACUGAUGGGCAAUGUGUUUGUGUCUCAGGGAUGAUGGGAGGCAAGAAAAAACUUGAAAACCAUUGGUUUAGAAAAUUAUACUACAUUAGCAGUUAAUCUUUUUGUUAAGCCUUUUAAGAGACUUAGGCAGAAAUUAGAGUUGGAAGGAUUUUAUUUAUGGGGGAGGAUGAUAUGAUUGUUUCAUCUAACUUUUGCCAGUCCUUAUGUUCUUUAAAUUAUUUUACUUUGAGACAGGGUCUUGCUUUGUCGCCCAGGCUGGAGUGCAGUGGUGUGAUCUCGGCUCACUGCAGCCUUGACUUCCUGGGCUCACGGGAUUCUCCCGCCUCAGCCUCCAGAGCAGCAGGGACCACAGGUGUGCACCACCAUGCCCGCCUAAUCUUUUUUUAUUUUUAGUAGAUAUGGGGUUUCCCUGUGUUGCCCAGGCUGGUCUUGAACUCCUGGGCUCAAGCAAUCCUCCCACCUUGGCCUCCCAAAGUACUGGGAUUACAGGUGUGAGCCACUGUGCCCAGCAUGUUCUUUGAAUAAUUUUAUAAUUUAGAGGGAACGUGAUCCUCACCUCCUCUUCAUUUUACACUAAGGAAAUAGACCCAGAAUGGUAGUGAUGUUCUCUCUUCUGUAGCUAGUAAUGGUAGAGCCAGAGCUAGAAUCCCGGUCAUCUGAUCCUCAUCUUUCUGAAUUCUUGAGAAGAAAGAGACUUCUCUCCCAAUUGAAACAGCUGGUGAAUAAUGGAUGCACUAUAAAUGGCUUACCUGUCAGUGCCAUGUGCUUAAACUGUUCUGUGUAGAGACAGUGAUGAAGUUGUGUCAUAAGCGGUCAUGUAUGAUGUUUUGUCCAAAAAUUUAGAAUUCCAGACUUGUUGGUAAGCCUCGAAUAUCAAAUAUCCUCUAUUAUGAGAUUCUCUGUAUGCAUACUAACAGGAUAUUGAAGAUCAAUGGCUAUGUAGAAAUAACAUAUUCAGUGUGGAUGUGCUUUUGUUUUAAGAACUCCUUUUCUUGUGAACACAACCUGAAAAGAUGCAUGGAUUAAUUAGGCCUCUAUAGGCACAGAACUCCCUGGUUUCUGCUCCGGUCUCUCUUGAUAAAGGGCCAUCUGCCCUUCCUUUUGGAAGUAUAGCAUGGACUAAACCACUUUUGGCAUCUAGGUCACUUAGAUGCCUUUGUGUGCCUUCGGUUCUCAUCUGGUUUUCAGGAGAGUUAAAUGUUUAGGCGGUUUUAGGAGGAAGACUUGAGUCUGAGCCAUGUUUUAGAGGCUGGGGCUCUUCCUGCCCUCUCCAUGGCCCAGCAUAUGUGAUAGCUUCUACCUUCUGGAGAAUGCCUCUAGCUCAGGAGAGGAUAGAGCUUCCUCAUCUCCUCCAUGCAAAGGGGCCCUCCUGCCAACUUGAAGAGCUUCAGGCUGAGGUGAGAACAGGGACAGAGGAAGAUUCUGAAGCUGUAGCUGAAGAGGAGGCAGUGAAAGGAGCCUAGUUAGUGCCAGCCUCUGGACUGAGAAGUGAGACACUGCAGUCAGGGUUGGAAGAAUCGAAGUAAACCGAAGAAAUUUGCUGGAGGCCAGGGUGUCUUGGUUUGAGGAAAUUUUACAAUCUGAGUAAAAGAUGAGUUUCACUUAUGAGACUCCCAGUCACGCUGCUAUGGCCAAGUGUGAGAAAUAAAUUGCAUGGCUUCCUUUUCCCUGACAUCACCUUGAAGUGUAAUUGGAUAUAUUAAAGAGCCCUUAUAAAUUCCCAGAUUUAACUUUUUGAGCCUUCACAAGUGUCUGUCCUUAUCACCCUUUCUCUCAUGUACCAGCAUUUAAGAUUAAAAAAAUAAACACUUUGGUUUAACAUUUUUAUGUUUUGCUGAAUAGACACUAUAUUCAGAGCCUAAAAAUAUUUUUAUUACUGUGUGGUUUUAUUGUGUGGGCAUAAGUAUGUGUGUGUAUAUGAGUAUUUCAGCUAUAUUAUGUUUCAUUUAGGGCUUUACAGACAACCCUGGAAACCUUUAAUACUGUUUCCAUGGGAAAUGUGUUUAUCCUGCAGCCUUCAAAUGUUUAUCUGGUGUGACUGUAUUAUGCCCUCAGAGAGUACUGUAUGUUGCCCAGGCUGGCCUCGAACUCUAGGCUCAAGUGAUUCUUCUGCCUCAGCCUCCCAAGUAGCUGGGACUACAGAUGCAAUCACCACCACACUUGGCAGUGUGCCGGUCCAACAAAAGCCCUUGGGUCUGUUUGACUUGUUCAAGUGUUCACUGUGGAAGGUAUGUGAAUGGCCAUGCAAAAAAACAUUAUGAAGAUGCACAAGUACCCUUAACCAACCAUAAGAAAUCAGAAAAGCAAGAUAAAGCUCAGCACACAGUAUGUAUGGAUUGCAGUAGCUACAGUACAUACUGUUAUCGCUGUGAUGAUUUUGUGGUUAAUGACACCAAGCUGGGACUGGUACAGAAAGUCAGAGAACACUUACAGAACUUGGAAAACUCAGCUUUCACAGCUGACAGGCAUAGGAAAAGAAAACUUUUGGAAAACUCAACACUAAACAGCAAGUUAUUAAAAGUAAAUGGAAGCACCACUGCUAUUUGUGCCACAGGCCUUCGGAAUUUGGGGAACACAUGUUUCAUGAAUGCCAUCCUUCAGUCACUCAGUAACAUUGAGCAGUUUUGCUGUUAUUUCAAAGAACUGCCCGCUGUGGAGUUAAGGAAUGGGAAAACAGCAGGAAGGCGGACAUACCACACCAGGAGCCAAGGGGAUAACAAUGUGUCUUUGGUAGAAGAGUUUAGAAAGACACUCUGUGCUUUAUGGCAAGGCAGCCAGACUGCAUUUAGCCCAGAGUCCUUAUUUUAUGUUGUUUGGAAGAUUAUGCCAAACUUUAGGGGCUAUCAACAGCAGGACGCCCAUGAAUUCAUGCGCUACCUUUUGGACCACCUACACUUGGAACUCCAGGGCGGUUUCAACGGUGUUUCCCGCUCGGCAAUUCUGCAGGAGAAUUCUACUCUGUCUGCAAGUAACAAGUGUUGCAUAAAUGGAGCAUCUACUGUUGUCACGGCUAUAUUCGGAGGCAUUCUCCAAAAUGAGGUUAACUGCCUCAUAUGUGGGACAGAAUCUAGAAAGUUUGAUCCAUUCCUAGACCUUUCAUUAGAUAUUCCAAGUCAGUUCAGAGGUAAGCGCUCUAAGAAUCAAGAAAAUGGACCAGUUUGUUCGUUACGAGAUUGUCUUCGCAGUUUUACCGACUUAGAAGAACUUGAUGAGACAGAGUUAUAUAUGUGCCAUAAAUGCAAAAAGAAACAAAAGUCCACAAAAAAGUUUUGGAUUCAAAAACUACCCAAGGUGCUAUGCUUACAUUUGAAAAGAUUUCACUGGACAGCAUAUUUAAGAAAUAAAGUUGAUACAUAUGUAGAAUUUCCACUGAGAGGCCUAGACAUGAAAUGCUACUUACUAGAGCCUGAGAACAGUGGCCCAGAGAGCUGCCUGUAUGACCUCGCCGCUGUGGUGGUGCACCAUGGUUCCGGGGUUGGUUCUGGACAUUACACAGCAUACGCAACUCACGAAGGCCGCUGGUUCCACUUCAAUGACAGUACUGUAACACUGACUGACGAGGAGACUGUGGUGAAGGCGAAGGCCUACAUCCUUUUCUACGUGGAACGCCAGGCCAAAGCUGGAUCGGAUAAACUUUAAUACCUCCUCCAAAUCAUCAUUCACCAACCAUACCAGAGAAACAUUUCCAGUUUUCCACAAAUACUUGAUCCAAGAUUUAAUUUCAUUAUGCACUUUUCAAUUUCCUAUUUUGGGUUUAGUUUUGUCAAUGGUAGUGACUUACUGAACAUGGGCACCAACUAAUUUUGUUGUUGUUCUACUAGAAAACCUCAGCAGACGUUUUGAUUUGCUGCUUUAGUUGUAAUAAUUCAAUUUUUAUAUGUAGUUUUAAGAACUUAGUCUUAUUUGACUUUUUUAUUUUGUGUUAAUGUUUUCAGUUCUCACUUUGAGGCACAUUUACAUCAAUGCUUUUGUUCCUCUCACAUGCUGAAAGCAAGAUAUGUUCCUUAUUGUGAAGAGCGACACAACUGCCUGCUGCCUUUCCACAGCUGUAAUGGACAUCAGGUUGACUCUAAAUCAAGGAUCAUGUGUGCACAAUACUUGUGGCCCACAAAAUUUCACAAUGACUGCUGAGGAAUCAUUCUUUUUGCCUGUAAAAUAUAACAAAAGGCAUCAUUAAGUAGACCAGGUAAUUACUGCUUGUCUCUCGAGGCUGCUGUUUAUCAGCACUAACUAAAUAAAUUUGUUGGUUCAGUUGUACUUCUCCUGCAAAUACAAGAAUUACUGUUUGUUGUUUUUUUUUGGUUUUGGGGUGUACUUGUUUGCGGGGAGGUAAGAUGGGAGUAAAGACCAAAUACAUGUAAUGUUUAAAAAAAAAUGCUGUGACUCACUGACAUGGUAUAGGUGUUACCAGUGAGGUAAAGCCAUGGCGUCUGCCUCCUUUUUGAAUCAGUAUCUCAUUCCCCCUUAGUUGUAGCACUGGAAGUCACGACAUGUCCAUUUUAGACUUACUGCUUGUGUUUGGCAUCCAAGUCUGAGGUAUGAACCUCUGGGAUUUACUUGGAUCAUCACCCGCACUUCAGUUUAUCACUGGGGUGUGUGCUUCCACAGGAGGAAAUUUAGAAUCUUCGCUGCUCUGGGUUUUAACACUUCUCAUCGGCCUAUCCUGAUAGGACAAGUUGAAAAUAUUCUCAGUUUGAGUAAGUGGAGUUUUCGUUUUGUUUUUUGGGGUUUUUUGGAGACAAGAGUCUCUCUCUGUUGCCCAGGCUGGAGUGCAGUGGCACGAUCUCAGCUCACUGCAACCUCAGCCUCCCGAGUAGCAAUUCUCCUGCCUCAGCCUCCGAGUAGCUGGGAUUACAGGCGCCCACCACUACACCUGGCUAUUUUUUUUUUUUUUUUUUUUUUUUUUUAGUAAAGAUGGGGGUUUACCAUGUUGGCUAGGAUGGUCUCAACCUCCUGACCUCAGGUGAUCCGCCUGCCUCAGCCUCCCAAAGUGCUGGGAUUACAGGCAUGAGCUAUCACACCCAGCCAGUUGUGUUUUUAAAAAAUAAAUAGAUUUAACUCAGAUUCAAAUUUGGAACCAGAAUCCCAUUUAAAGAAAGCAGUUGUGGUUUCUACAAGUGUUCUAAGGCAGUGCUUUGGUUGUUUUUUUUUUUGGUUUGGGGGGUGGGGGUUGGUAGACAUACCCUACCAAUUCUCCACAAGGGACAACAUGUAUCUUGUGUUAAGCCAACGAGACUUUUUUGGCAAUUUUUUUUUUUUUUUUUAAUGGAGUCUUACUCUGUCCCUCAGGCUGGAGUGCAGUGGCAUGAUCACAGCUCACUGUAGCCUCAACCUCCCAGGCUCAAGCUAUCCUCCCACUUCAGCCUCGAAGUAGCUGGCACCACCACACCCAGCUAAUUUUUAAUAUUUUUACUAGAGAUGUGGUUUCGCCAUGUUGCCCAGGCUGGUCUUGCAUUCCUGGGCUCAAGUGAUCCACCCACCUUGGCUUCCCAAGGUGCUAGGAUUACAGGCAUGAGCCACCACGCCCAGCCUGUUCUAUUAAAAACAUCUUGACCUUUUUGUUUGUUUGUUUGUUUAUGAUGUAAAAACAGUCUGGGGGCUUUCCCUCAGGUUGGAUAUCUGAAGUUGUGGGAGCAGAUGUAGCUCCAUUUCCAUUUUAACAUUAACUGGAUAAAUCCCACAUCUUCCCAGAACACAUCUGCUGAACACUUUAACAUGACAGGGAGCAAAUUGCAAUUAUGUGUAAACUUAUAUCAUCCAGUACAAUGGCCCCUAGCCACAUGUGAUUGAAAUUUAAAUUAGAAACUCAGUGCCUUCAGUCACACUAGCCACAUUUCAAGUGCUCAACACCCACAUACGGCGUAGGACAGUGCUGGUCUAAAUUUUCACUCCAAAGAAUAAAGCUUUGCCAUCAUGUUUAGGUCUUACCACUUCGAGUCCUAAAAGAUAAUAGGGAGAUGUGUGCUUAAAUUAAUUUACAAUGCUAAAUUAUAUUAGGUUAAACUGUAUGAAACUCUGCUAUUUGACGAGUUCUGAUCUACAAAAAUGACAGCUCCACCUGAUCUGAUGUAUCACACAUUAACAUCACAUCUAAUUCAACCUGAAAUGUGAGUCUCCUUUGAUCUUGCAAAGUAUCUCCUAUGAAUCCAGGCUCUUUUGCUUAGAAGGUAGACAGCUGUAACCUCUUAACAUUGAUACUUCAUCUUCAGUCUCUCUGAAUGGGCAGGUGUUAAACAGUAAAGGCCUGGGCAGAGUUGAUGGUGAAAAAAAGCUGUAUUUUUAUACCAAAUGGAACUUUAGCAACAUGUUGGACUACUCUGUCGGGCAGAGUGGUCUUCAGACAAGUGAUGCUGUUGGCUUAAGAGAUGAACACGUCUUCUCUCUGAAUUUGUUUUUAUUGGUUGGUUUUACUUGAACAGAAACGUUUGAACGGUAUGAAGAUUCUUUAGAAAAGUGAUUGGAUCCAUCUCAAUUGUGUACUUGAACACCAGUGAUGUAAAUGUGCCUAUUUGUAUUUUCAUUUUUAACUGUGUAGCCUUACCACACCUAUUUGGAAAGCUGAUCUUUUGUCCGCUUCAGGGCUUUUCCCUUGUGCCAUGUUGUCUCCAGCAAUAUAUGUGGCUUCUCGCUCAGAGCUUCUGCUGAAGCAGGGCCUCGCACUGAGUCACAUGGCUCCUUGGAACAAGAAAACUUUCUCAGAAGUCCUCCCACACAGGUGGGUGAUAGAAACAGUUUGUGGCAACACAAAUCUCUCUCCAUGGUGGAGAAACCUUUGCUUAUCCACUGUAUUCUACUCAGUGUAUAGUGAUGACAAAUGUACUAGAAUUAAACCAGUCAAGUGUACUGGCCCGGGGUGAGUGUUAAAUGUGUAUCUCGCCUGUGGAACCUACUCAGCAGCUUGGUUUCUGGGGUUGGGGACAUAUUUAUUUCUUAAAGCCAAACCUCUCCUUCAUUGGUUUAGUGUACAUAAGUCUAUUUAGAUACACUUAUCCCACUUUAAUCUCCACCAGCCCCUAAACUCUCUCGUGUACCCUCUGUUGCUGAAGUGGCCUCUUCACUUGGGCCCUGGAAAAGCCCACAGAAAAUGUCUGUUCCUGCAGCCAAGGCCUGGGUCCCAGGUGACUAGGAGUAGCCAUAGGAAGGCGAGGAAGGAGGAGUGGACAUGUGGUGUCAUCUGUAGUCCCAGGUCUCUGCGUCUCAUCAGUGGGUGCAAUGCCUUCCCCCUCAGGUGUGAGCGUGAUGGACUCUAGGCUGCCUUCCAUGAGCGUUGGUCAUGCUGUGAUGUCAUCAUUUGCCAUUAAAACCCAGUUUGUAUGAUGCCAAGAGGAUUAAUUGUGCAAGUGACUGAUUCAUUUAAAUUGUAAUCACAUCCCUUUUCUGCUUCACCAACCUGAACUGUUUUAAAAAGUAUCAUUAAAAGUCUGUUCUCUUUC